AUGGGGUCCGACAAUUCCUCUUGGACUCCUCACACCGUCCUUUCGACUCUCCCCCACCCCCCAGAAGAGAACACCACCUCGCCCAUCCCCUUCUUCCACCUCCUCGAACGCCUCAAGACCACCAAGCGCGAAGGCUGGCGCCGCUUCGGAAUCAAUGGCGAAUCCAUCUCCGACCACAUGUAUCGCAUGUCGAUCAUGACGAUGUUUGCCCCGCCAGAAUUGGCAUCUAGGCUGAAUAUCCCCCACUGCACCAAGAUGGCUCUCGUCCACGACAUGGCCGAGUCACUGGUCGGCGACAUCACCCCGGUCGAUGUGCACAUCACCAAGGCCGAGAAGGCCAGCCGCGAGGCCGCCGUCAUGGAAUACAUCACUACUUCCCUGCUGGGCCAGGUUCCCGGCAGCGCAUUAUCGGCCCAGGAAAUCAAGCGCGUUUUCGAGGAAUACGAGGAGAAUGUCACCCUGGAAGCGCAAUUCGUGCACGAUAUCGAUAAGAUGGAAUUGCUGCUGCAGAUGGUCGAAUACGAGCGCUCCAAUGAUGUCGAUCUCACCGAGUUCACGCGUGUCGCGGCCCGUGUCCAACUACCCGAGAUCAAGCUCUGGGCCGAGCAGGUGGUCAAAGAGCGUCCCCAGCGCAAGUGA